AUGAAUAAUUUAAAUAAAAAUAAAAAUAAAGAUAUUUAUAGUUUAUAUAAAUCAGUAUUUAAUAAUAAAUAUUUAUCAAAUUAUAUAUAUGAUUAUGUUUAUAAAUUUAAUGAACAAAUUUCUUAUGGUGGUAGAUCAUAUUCAGAAGAUUGUUUUAAAAUUAAAAAAUAUGAUCAAGCAGGUUUUGAAUGGUGUUUAAAGCAUGCAAGAGAAUUAUUAUUAUAUAAAAUUAAAAGAAAUGAAAAAUUUGAUCAAAUUGAUUCAAAAUCUAUUACAUCAUUUAUUUAUUUUUUUAAUAAUAAUUAUUAUAAUCAUUAUAAUCUAUCAUUAAAUAAAGAAGAAUCGUCAAUAAUUUUAAAUCAAUUAUUAAAUACAAAUAAAUCAAUUUUAUUAAGUACAAAUAAACUUACACAAGAAUUAAUUAAAACUUCAUUAGAUACUUCUAAUUUAGAUUUAUUAAAAUUUAUAUUUGAAAAUUAUGGUACCGUCAAUCCAUCAUCAACUUCCUCUUCUUCAACUUCCUCUUCAACUUCAACUUCAGCAACAACAAAAACAACAACAACAACAACAACAACAACAAUAGAAGAACUUAGAAUUAAUAAUGAUGAUUUAUUUGAUAAAUCAUUAGGUAAAUGUGAUUUAAAAAUUAUUAAAUUCAUUUAUUAUGAACUUGGAAUUAUGGUAAAAGAUCCAAUGAAAGCAUUUUAUAAUGCGUUAUGUUCAAAUAAGAGAUGUGAAUUAAUUAGAUUUCUAUUGGAUGAAAUUGGAUUCGUACCACCAAUUUCAUUUACUGGUAGUUUUGAAAUAUAUUUUGAAAAUUUGAUGAGAUUAGAUCACCAAUUAUUUAAACGUUUAUAUAAUGAUUAUAACAUUCCAUUAUUGCAAUUCAAUGGUUAUAAUUCAUUUUCAGUUUUAAAUAAUAUUUUCCUAAGUUACAAUUUACUUGAUAACUAUCUUGACCAUUAUGGCAGUGGUUGUGCUAACUAUAGCACUAUCGCUAGUUAUUUAGAUUUCAAUUACGGUCGUUGUAUUGACAAAAGCCACAAAACAAAAUCUGUGCUUGAAAAAUAUCAAAUUGAUUAUAUUUUAACAGCAUUACUAGUUUUAUCAGUGUCACAUAGAACUAGUAAAAAAGAAAAACAAAUCUCUUCAUUACUUUUUAAAAAAGUUGAACAUUUAAUAGAAUAUAAUGAAAAUAGAAAUAUUCAAACCCCAUUCAAACAUAUUUUAAAAAAAACUGAUAUUUUAAAAGAAAAUCAAACAACUAAAAAAGUAAAUUCAAUUUAUAAUUUAGCUAUUAUAAAACCAACACCAACAACACCAACAACACCACCACCUCCACCACCUCCACCACCACCACCAACAGCUAAUGAUAAAAUUGUUUAUUUAAUUUACGAUGCAGUAUCAUAUAUUUAUUCAUUUUUUAAUAAUAAUAAUAAUAAUACUAUUAAAAAUAAUAAUGUUGAAAAUGAAGAAGAAGAUGAAAAUGAAGAGUAUAUUUAUUUUGACGAAACGGAAUUUACUGAAAUUGAUUAUGAAGAUUUUGAAUUAGUUAGAGAAAUUAAAAGAGUAUUUUAUUUUGAUUGGUUUGCAAAGAGUGAAAAAGGAUUUUAUAAUUAUGAUUUAGAAUCAUUGAUUUAUCAAUUCAUUUCAGAGUAUAAGGAAUACGAUUUAAUAAAAACUUAUCCACCAUCUUGUUCAUCAGGUGGUGAUAAUUUAGUAAGAGUAGCAUGUUACUAUGGAGAUUGUGAAUUAUUGAAAAUGAAUAAAGAUCAUAAAAUCAAAAUCGAUGGUCAACCUUUAUUUAAUCAUGAUAGAGUUGAUAUUAAAACUCAAUUAGAGUUUUUGAAAAUUGCAAUUACAAAUACAAAUUUCACAAAUCCAAUGUUAAUAAGCCAUAUUAUAAAUCCAAAAAAUACACAAUUUAAAAUUAAAAAACAUGCUAAUCGAUUAGCCAACAUAAUCAACUCGAAUCAAAGGAGAUUUUCAGCACAUUGUUUAUUAAAUAAUAAAAAAUUAUUUAAAUAUUAUUUUGAAAAUCAUAAAUCAUUAUUUACUUGGGAUUCAGAUGAUAUUAGUAAAUCAGUAGUUAGAGAUAUUUGUUAUAAUAAUCAUAAUAAUAAUAAAGGUGAUAAUGGUAAUGGUGGUGGUAGUGGUAGUGGUAGUGGUGAUAUUCAAUUUUUACAAUACCUUUUUGAUAAUGGGAUUGGUGAUAUUAAUGAUGAUUUAUUAUCAGAUUGUAUAGAUAUUACAACUAUAAAAUAUAUGGUUAAAUAUUUCUCAUUAAAAUUAAAAGCUAAAUUUAUUUACAAUUAUUCCUAUAUUGACUUAUGGAAAUCAAAUUAUUUAACAUUUUAUUUGAUAAAUAAUGUUGAUUUUAAAAAUGAGUUGGAAUUCAUUCAACCAGUUAGAUUCCAAGAUUUAGAUCAUAAAACUGCAGUUUUUUUAUAUUUGAAAUUAAAAUCUCAAAAUAUUCAAAUGGAUUAUAAACCAAUGGAGAAUUAUUUUUUCAGUUUAAAAAAUAUCAUUGAAAGAAGCUAUCCUCUAUUGGUUGUAAAAUUAUUAUUAGAUGAUUUUGAAAAUAAUGAUACAAUUGAUCAAGAUAUUAAAUCAAAAUUCAAUUUAACAAUAUCUCAAAAAAAUUAUACAACACUUUGUAACAAAAUUAAUCAAUUUAAUAGAUAUAAAGAUUUUAUUCAAGAUAAAGUUGAUAGAAAUAUUAUAAAAAUUGUUUCAAAUACAAAUAAAUACAAAUAA